AACAACAACAAGGUCAACGAUUUAAACACAAUAUAAAACCACCAUGUGCAACAAUACCAUUCUCAGUUUUCCAUCGCCCCUGAAGAUGACCGCUCCCUGCAAGAAACGCCGUUCCGUUCGCUUUGACGAAGACAGCAGCAGUCGUCGUGUCAAGCGCAAGGUUGUGGAGCUUUUCAAUGUCCCCAAGUCUUCCGACAUGACCGAGGAGGAACGCUCCUCACGAUGGAUGCAACGGUCCGACCAUCGCGCUACUUACCAGGACGUCAACCAAGUGAUCUCCAGCUGCCAAGAACCAGAUGACAGCAGUGCCUACCUCCACUUUGCCACUGCCCUGGCCACUACGUACAAUCUCUGCAAUAGCAAUAACCCCAACAGUUUUGACAGUGAUGACAAUGACAGUGACGACGACACGGCCCAACAAGUGGACAUUGACGAAGCCAAUGCCCAAAGCAAACUCCCACUGGACCAGUUGGUCCUGCUGGGAUGUGCCCACACUGCCUCUCGUGGUCUGGAGACCAAGAUUAUUCCCGGAUUGGGCAGUCACCGUCUGCAAGCACGACGGGAACACUCGCAAAAGGUCCUCCGCGUCCAACGCGAACUCGGUGGAUUGGGAAUUGACAGUAGCGACAUGGCCGAAGGAUUGGGUUCCAUUUCCGAACUCUUGUCACAACCAUCGCGACGCUUCGCACGAGCAUUGGGAGUCGUCGACGGAACACUCGCGUUGUUGGAGUACGCCAGUGACAACGAAGAAUCCGAAUCAUCUGCUUGCAAUGCCGUAGAUGAAGCACCGGAAGGGAUCGCAUUACAAAACCAUUCCAUCCUUGCUACUCCCGUCGUGGCAUAGGCUCUUCCAAAACAGCUCCUCUUGCAUCCGACUUCCUUCCAUUCCGAACCAAAGCAAUGACAUUCUAUUGCAGCGAAUAAUAAUUAUAAGAAACUCUUCCUACUUUUU